CAGCCCAGAAAAUGUAAAGACAUCUUUGGUUGGACUGGAGGACAGAAAGUUAGCUUUGCCCAUGAAGCAGAACAUGGAAACGUCCUGGGCUCCCGGUCCACUAUCACUGCUCAGUUUAUCUGGAUGUGGGCCUUUAGCCCCACCUGCUGACUGCUUUUCCUCCUCAUUAAACCAGCGGAGGGGAACAGUUCAGAGGCUGGAUCUGACAGUGAUGUGUCUGUUGAGGCGUGUUUUAAACAUGAGCUCCUGGUUAGACUGGUCCUACCUGUUCUGGCUCCAUCACAGGUGGAGGCUCAAAGGGUCUGAGCUGCCGUUUCCUCUGCAGGUGGAGGCUCAAAGUGGAGGCUCAAAGGGUCUGAGCUGCUGUUUCCUCUGCAGGUGGAGGCUCAAAGGGUCUGAGCUGCUGUUUCCUCUGCAGGUGGAGGCUCAAAGUGGAGGCUCAAAGGGUCUGAGCUGCUGUUUCCUCUGCAGGUGGAGGCUCAUAGUGUCUGAGCUGCUGGGAACUCUGCAGGUGGAGGCUCAAAGUGUCUGA